AUGCCGCUCGGGCCGUUGCAGGCAGUGGCUAGCCCAUGCUGGACGUCCAGGCCGUCACCUGCGCCUGCCUCGCCUGCCUCGCCUGCCUCACCUCCGGGGCCUCCGGGGCCUCAGGUGAGCGGCUCAGAAGAGGCAUCUCCAGAAGGCACUCCUCCUGAGAAAUCCCUUUGCGAUCUGGACACGCAGCAAGUGAAAAUUUACAUGCUGGAAACAAGGACUGGUGAAACAGCUGUGGCAGUUCAGCGCGCAGAUGGAAAGCGGUGGCGUUUUCAGCGAAACUCAAUCGACUUCGAGCUGACAUGCAGCGCAGAUUCUCUCCAGAAGUGGCUGGAUGGCAUGCUCUCAGAGCAGUUGCCUGGGUUGCUGACACUGCUCGUUCAUGAGGUGCAAACCAGGGGAGAGGCCUUGAAGUCUGCCGAGAAGGAGCGAGAUGAGCUGAGGGGCUCGGAGGACUACGAGUUCUUCGGUUUGGAUAGCCAGAACUGUUCCGACAAGGACAUUGAGAAGGCCUAUCGGAAGAAAUCGACUCAGCUCCAUCCAGACAAGGGCGGUGACGAGGAAUCCUUUAACCACAUGCGAGAGAAGUACGAGCAGCUGAAGUCUUUGCGCAAGGAGAAUAAGAGAAAGGAAGGAGGAGGAUCCAUCAAAUGGGAUGCUCGAAGCCGCGAAUCGAUGCUAGGCGCCCAUGGCGAGCUGAGAGAGCAGCUUGUAUGGAUUACUCGCCACUUGACAGACGUGGAGGAAGAACUCAGUGAACUGAAACGUCGUCAGGCUGUCAAGCACAGUCUUACUUGUUGGGACUAUGCGCUUACCUGA